AUGGCCGAUGAACAAAACAUAGCCGAUGCUCAGAAGCAAUUCGCUGAUGUGGACAUAAAUAACGGCAGUGCCUCCGGUGUGGAAGACGACGAGGAAGAGGAAGUACCAGCGCCUGGUACUGUGAGCAACGAUCUAUUCGCAGUAACACCUACUAUUGAAAUACAUCGCCGCAUUUCAUCCAGCAAUCUGGAAGAUGUACUGACCGACAAUGGCGACUACUUCAUUGAAGUCAACGUGGCAGAACCACAAAAAGUCGGCGAUGGAAUCGGUUCAUACCUAACAUACAAAGUGACAACGAAAACAAACAUUCCAAAAUUCAAGCGCACUGAGUUUAGUACGUUGAGACGAUUUAGCGACUUUUUAGGAAUACAUGAUGUCUUAGCCGUAAAAUAUACAAGACUUGGUAGAAUCAUCCCGCCAGCGCCAUCUAAAAAUAUUUUAGGGAGCACUAAAGUGAAAAUGAGUCCACAACAAACGGAGCCCGGUGCACCCCGAAAUGCUGAAUGGGUCGAAACACGCCGCGCAGCUUUACAACGCUAUGUGAAUCGCACUGCCCAACAUCCAGUACUGCGUGUUGAUCUCGAUUUCAUCAACUUUUUAGAAAGUGAUCAAGAACUUCCUCGCGCAGUUAAUACAGCAACGCUGAGUGGUGCUGGCGUAAUGCGUCUUUUCAAUAAAGUUGGCGAAACAGUAAAUAAAAUUACAUAUAAAAUGGAUGAAAGCGAUGCUUGGUUCGAUGAAAAAAUCACUGAGGUGGAAAAUUUAGAUGCAAAUCUACAAAAACUACAUUCGGCGCUCAAAUCGCUUGUUACCACACGCAAAGAGUUGUCCGCCCUUACCGGGUUGGUCGCAAAGUCCGCGGCCAUGUUGAGUACAUGUGAAGAACACACCGGCCUUUCUCGAGCGCUCUCCAAUUUAGCUGAUGUAGAAGAAAAAAUCGAAUUACUACGGUCAGAGCAGGCUAACUCUGACUUUUUUAUAAUGGCGGAAUUCGUAAAGGAUUAUAUCGAUCUAUUCAGCGCUGUUAAAUCUGUAUUUCAUGAACGUGUUAAGGUGUUUCAAAACUGGCAACACGCACAAUUGCAAUUGUCGAAACGACGUGAAAACCGGGGGCGUUACGAACUGGCCAACCGUACUGACAAGUUGGAACAGGCGCAACAGGAAGUCGAAGAGUGGCAAACCAAAGUUCAGCGAUGCCAACAGCAGUUUGACGACAUAUCGGCGGAAAUUAAAAAAGAAAUGGAACGAUUUGAAAUAAACCGAGUACGUGAGUUCAAAAUUAAUACCAUGAAAUACAUUGAAGAUCAAAUGGCGCAUCAACAACAGAUUAUAUCGUACUGGGAAGCUUUUAUACCGACUGCACGAGAAAUUGUUUAAAUA